AUGGCCGCUUUGAAUCUAAAAUUACGACCGCUUUUUCGUAAUGAUGGCGUCGCCCAAGCCCUUGAUGUUACCAUGGUCUUUGACACCGCCGGCAAAAAGCAAGACGAAGUCGUAUUCAACCAUACUUUAAUGCGGGCAGUCGUGCCCACUAUGCAGUAUACAGCAGAGUCUAUACAACUAACAAAUAGCAAUAAUUCAGCCAUCGGGCUGUAUACUGUCGAUACCAAACGUAAUACUUAUCGUGAAUUUCGCGUUGAACAAGAUGUUCCGGCGGGAGAGAGACUGACCGUCAAGUACCAGGCAACCCCGCGACAUGUGAAUGAAUCUACACGCUGCGGUCCCCAGGUCGCCAUCGAGGAAGAGAAUGGAGGGCUCAGCGGUGCUGGGUUGGCGUUUCUCCUUAUCCCAGCGACAGGCGAUGGCGAUAUUCUGCAUGAUAUCGUAAUUGAGUGGGACUUGUCAUCCGCACCAUCAACAACACGAGCCGUAUGCACUUUUGGAGAAGGCCAGGGCGUUUCCGUGCGAGAAAGACCGUCUAUUCUUUCGGAAUGCUUUUUUGCAGCUGGCCCGCUGAAAAGCUACCCCCCCGUUGUUGAAACAACACCGUCAGCACCAUCUGCAACCUCACUUUCGCCAUUUGGAAUGUAUUGGCUCUCGGACCCCCCAUUUGAUACUUCCAGCUUGGGUCAACAAUUAGAAAAACUGAUUCCACGAAUGGCAGAUUUCUUCGGAGACGAUGACCGAUUAUUUCGAAUCUUCAUCCGGCGCAACGAGUACAAAUGCGCUUCCGGACGUGGCCUACACCGAGGUUUUGUUUUCGCCUGGACCCCGUUAUCCCCGAAAGCUGAAGAUAUGGUACAGGACUUUCUCAUGCAUGAAAUAGUACACAAUUGGCCGCGACUGGGCUUCACCACCGGCGGACCAGAAGAUCUUAUAGACGGAUGGUUCAACGAAGGUAUUGCGGAGUAUUACUCUUUAAUCCUGCCUUUUGUAUUUGGCGUCAUGACGGAAGAACAGUUCAUUGAGCGGUUCAACUGGCGUAUUUCGGGUUAUUAUACAAACCCUGAUCGCGCGGUAAAGAAUAAGGACGUGCAAGACCGAUUCUGGCUCCCCGGACAAGUAAAUCGAAUUCCAUACCAGCGAGGUUUUAUGUAUUUUGUGCAACUGGCUUAUAAACUCCAUAACUCGGGCAAAAGAUCCCUUGAUGAAUUGAUGAGAGAGAUGAUCAAAUUACGGGCAACUGAUAAACCACAUGGGAUUCGAGUAUGGUUGUCCUUUGUUGAAAGGGAGCUGGGGUCCCCAGCAUUAGACGAUUAUAAAGAAAUGUCAGAAGCAAAACCAAUCAUACUCCCGUCCGAUGUCGCCAAAGUGUGGAUUCCGAAUAGCAACUGGAAGCUUGAGCCAGUUAGACAGGAAGAAUUUUACCUAGGAUUUCCAGAGGAGAACUUCUCCGCUCAACCACGAGUGAUUUCGGGUUUGGAUUUGGAGUCAAGAGCGGCAAAGGUUGGUGGUCUACAAGAGGGCGAUCAAAUCACGCUCAAAUAUGGGUUUCUUGUUGAUGCAGAUGUUUGGCCGAAGAUGUUCACCAUGAAUGUGAAGCGAGGAAACGAAGAGACGCCGCAUCAAAUCACAUGGUGGCCUAGGAGUUGGUACAAAGUGGAGAGUUAUCAGUUUGUUCGGUCUGCAUGA